AUUCAAAUGCAUAUCGCAAAAUUGUUCAAACUUUGGGUUAAGGACUCAAGGGAUUACAAAGAAAAAGAAUAAUUAAAAAGUUACUACUUAUCAUUUUGUGCCAGUUGAUUGGUAGUUGGACUGGCCUUCACGAAAAGACAAGGAUUUUGCUUGUAAUAGCAGCCAGUCAUCUGCAGCUUUAUCCGUCCUCCUUAUUUUUCCUUUUAUUUCAUGGCUUUUUUAUGGAGCUCAUAACACCUGCUCCAACUGGCAAUUCCAGCAUCAUUCUGAUAAACCAUUUCUCUCAUGUCUUUUCCAUCAACUAUUACCAGCCUUAGCAGAAGAGGUAAAUUACAUAGCCAGAGCUCCAUCUAAGAAGGUGGGACUUCUCAUUUGAUGCCAAUUAUAGAGCAAGUUGAAAAGGGGGAGGAGAAUUUCAUGGAAGAGGGCUUAGGGUCAGUUAAAGCAGCCAUUGAUUUGUACAAAGGGAAGGUUCUUGAAGGAAGUUCUGCACUGAACAAAUUCUCAAUUAUGAAGUCUUUAGAGAAGCCAUAUCCAAGAACCAGCCAACUUCACAUAGCAAGAAGGGAUGCCGGGCGAUUCACUGACAGCAGAAAUGUUGCAGAAUCAAAAAGAGCCCAAGCAGAAUCUGAGCUUUUGGAUGCGAAAAAGAUGGUGAAAGAGCUAACUUCACAGAUAGAAGAGUUAAAUUCAAGGCUAAAUGUCAGGCAUCAAGACCUGGAGAAACUGAAGUCAACCAAACAAGGAGGAAACUUGGGAAUGACUCUUCAAAACCCUCAGAAUACUCAGCAUUCCAAAGUCGUAACAGAGUUGGGAUAUGCAAAAGAACAACUGAUUAAGCUUAAACAAGAUAUGGCUUCCAUCUUAGAAGAAAAAAGAAGAGCGGAGCAAGAAAUAGAAGCCUCUAGUUUGAAAAUGCAAUCUUUUUCGAGCAAAGUAGAAGCAUUAAGGAAGGAGGUUGAAGAACUUAAUGAAGAGCUCGUGCUAGUUGAGCUGGCUCGAAUAGAGGCCAUUAAAGAAUUCAGAGCAAUUGAAGCUCAAAGAAAGGAAGGCGCUGAGAAACAUUCUGCAGCAAUGGAGAAGAACAGGAAGAAAAUGAAUGACGUGGUCCAAGAAAUUCAGAUAUCAGAGGAGCUACAAGCAAAACUCGCCUCCACAACCUCAGAUGUCCAAGUUUUGGAAAGUGAAUUGAAGCAAGUUAAGGAUAUGGAUAGAUGGAAGCAGAAAAACGAGAGCUUCAGCUCCGAAUCUCAUUUCCUGGAAAAAGACUUAUCUUUGUUGCAGUCGUUGAAACAAGACUUGGAGGCAGCAAAGAAUGAAUUAGCUUCCAUCAAAAGAGACAGCUUUCAGUUCAUGGCUUCAAUGGACGGCGUGAGGAAUGAGCUUAAUCGCAUCACUGAGGAAUCAGCUCGAUUAACGGAAAAAGGAAACAAGGCCGACUUGACAAUUCAGAACCUCAACACGAAGCUUCUGAGGGCGAAAGCCAAACUGGAAGCAGUAUCGGACAAUGAAGGAAAAGCAAGCUCUAUUGCUUCGAGUUUAUUACUCGGUCUUGAACAAUUUACAAGUGAAGCUGAAGAAGCUGAGAAAGAAAGGGUGACAGCCGUUGAAGAAACUGCAAAAGUCAAGGAAGAAAUUCAGAAAACUGAAUCUGAAACAGUCUUGGCUGAAGAAAAAUGGGAAGCUGCAAUACAAGAGCUUGAAACCAUCAAAUUAUCAGAAGCUACUGUCCUAAACAAUCUAAAAAGACUUGUUGAUAUUACUAUGAAAAGUAGAACAUCCGCUUCCAGCACCACAAUAACUAUUUCAAGAUUUGAGUAUGAGUACUUAACGGGACGUGCAGCACGGGCAGUUGAAAUUGCUGAUAAAAAAGUUGAAGCAGCUCAGGCUUGGGUAAAAGCUUUGCAAGCAAGUGAAACAGAGAUCUCAAUGAAGACAGAGAUCGUCAGAAAGGAAAUCCAAGAGCUUAAGAUGGAAGAAGAGCAAAAAGGCCUGAAAAUGGAGCAUUCACCAUCCGCAAAAAUGUUGGUCGAUAUGCAGUUGCAGAAAUGGGAAGAGACAAAUGAAAAAGACCUGAAACAAUCGCAGAAUGGUUUACGUAGAAAAUCCUCCUUAAUAAGUGGAAAAAUGACACCAGCAAGACGAGCUAAGUUCAGAAACUCAAUAUCUUCUGCACCACGAACACCUAGAGCGGCUUCCCUCACAGUUAGGAGAAGAAGAAAGGUAAUACCAAACAUAGCUAAGUUAUUUAAUGGCAAGAGCAACGAUGAGAACCUGUAAUCUUUAUUAUUGCAACUGCAAAUACUUGCCAAAGUUCUCUGAUGCAAGAGAUUAUGUCCAACUAAA